AUGACAGCGGCAGCUCCCGUGCGCGCAUCGACCCCGCGUCCCAAGGCGGCUGCAACAACUAGUACCUCAUCCCACGCGGCCACCGCACCAGCAGCCGCCGCCUCGGCCUUCACAUCCAGGCCCGGUGCCCCUCCGCCAGCCGUUCCUCGACCUCCGCCGCCAGUCGUCCCCGUGACUCGACGGUCCAAGCGGCCUCUGUCCACCGACUUCCUCUCCGACGAUGCCACCGCCGCCUUCGUUCGCCGUGUCCUCUGCCCCCAGCACCAAGCUGGCAACGGCACGCCACCGCCUCUCGAGGACCUCCUCCCGCCCUUGACGAGCCGAAACGAUGUCGACUUGCAGCUAUAUGCCUUGCUGGCUGUCAUUCUGAGGGACUUUGUCCAGGCCUGGUACUCCAAGAUCACAUCAGACGAGACCUUUGUCGCCGAGAUCCUGCAGAUCAUCGCACAUUGCACGAGAGCGCUCGAGCAGCGCCUACGAAAGGUGGACUUGGAAAGCCUGCUUUUGGACGAGCUGCCGGAUCUCCUGGACAACCACAUCACAGCCUAUCGCACUGCUCAUAACCCAGUGGCACGACCGCCGACACAAGCGAACCCUCGAGAUAUAUAUCAUGCUCUCUGUCCGCUGGUGCCUCUGUCACCCGUUCCGAAGCCCGAAGCCCCCGAGUCCGCUGCAAAGCAGCAGGAGAAUGAGACAAUGUACCGGCAGCUCUUGGUGCAGGGCGUCUUGGCCAUACUGCUGCCGACAGAGGAUCUCGAAAACGAGUGUCUGACGGCUCUCGUUGGCCAGAUCUUGUCGGAGCUCAUCAUCGGCAAUGUCCUCAUCAACAAACUUGCGCAGCCUUGGAUGUUAUGGGAGAUCAUGAUCAUCCUCGUCAGGGUAUUGGGCAAGCGAGAGCCGGAAACGACAACUCUAGAAGAGGGUGUGGCCGAGGCACUGUCGCCAGACGCGCCCAUCAUCGAGCCGGAAUCCUCAACACGAGCAUGGUCUUUCCAAGGCAUCUUCUGGGGUGUCAUCCAAUGGCUGUUCAUGGCGUUCACAGCGGUACAGCUUGUCGUGCUGACCCUCGCCUCCUCGUCCUCGUUGCCCGCCAGGUCGACACCAGUCUUGGAUGCAAAGAGUUCUCUAGCAGGUUCUGGAUCUGCCACGAAGGCAGCCAAAGCCAACGCCUCCAAGCCAGUCAAGGCACCUAUCGUCACCUUCAAGCUGUGGAGCUGCAUCUCUAGCUUGAUCGAGCUCGAUUCUCGCACGCCGUGGCUGAGCGGAGCCCUCUCCAUGCUUCAGUUCGGCGCUGUCAGUGGUCCGGCGAAACUCGCUGGCCUGGACGGUCCUCUCGAUAGACUCCUCUCCCACGCAAUUCACAGCCGCCUCCUCGACUCGUCCCACCUCCCGACACUCCUGCGCGCCACCCGCGGCGCUCUGUUCCCCAACAACGCCCAGGGCGUCUCGUCUCUCACGCCGCCCGCCGACGAGAGCCAGCUGCGCGCCCUGCGCCGCCGUUGCGCUAGCGCCCUCUUGGCCCUGGUACCGAGGUGGCUGUCUCGCUUCUACCUCAGCGGGCGAGGCCUCGGUCUCCGCCCGCGGACCGUUCCGAGUCGCCGUCUCAGUGGCAGUGGCGAGCUAGCAGCGACGCGCGAAGAGGGCGAACGGGAUGUUGGCACUAGUGGCGGGCAAACUUCGACGGAGGAGCGCGAGGAAAGCGAGGAGGAUAGGACGGCGGAGGAGGAGCGGGUUCUGCGCGAGAUCGAGGAGGGGAUACUGGACGUGUUCUCUGACGAGUACUGUAACAGACACCUCGUGUAUGGCAUAUUAGAGCUCAUAUUGGUGCGGCUCAUGCCCGAGCUGGCGGAAAAGGGGGUCGCCGAGCUCUGGGACGAAAGGUUAAGCUGA